AUGGUGGAAGGGGGUGAGGGGAAAGCGUUGUCCUCCCAGUCAAAUUCUUCAAACCUUUUCCAGAAGCCUUACCUUAUAACUUCUGUUUAUGGCUCGUUGGCCACCACAUCUACAAGGAAGGCUGGGAAAUAUUUUAUAGCUGAGGACACUGAUUCACCCAACAAUAAAGGGCACGCUCUGCAUGGUAAAGGGCUACCCAGUCACCCGGAGAAAUACAGUUUCAAGGGCGCCUGGGGUCAGUGUGGGAUACCCAGCCACUUCAUUCUCGGCGGAGGCAACCUGGGAAACAUUUUUGGGCUCCGUCCGAGUCACGCGGCAAUUCCACGGCAGGAAUUGUGCAAUGGGGCGAGUCGGGCGGGCGGCCGGGGUGGAAAGAAGCGGGGGAGGCUGCCACAGUGCCAACUUUUUUUUUCCUCCCUAGGGAACCGUGAGGCGCGACGGCGCGGCCAGGACGGCGAGGAUCCGGACGGCCUCAAGGCCGGGCCAAGAAAGCCUCGCUUCGCUGCAGAGGCCGCGAGUACAGAAUCGCGUGGGGGCCGUCCCCGCUCCGCGCCAGAGACCGCCCCCGCGCGCUUCCCGGGACUCCGCCGGGGGCCGCGGGUCGAGGGGGCGGGAGCGAGAGCGGGAACGGCGACCCCGGGGGAGGGGGGAGGGGGUGAACGGGCCGCAGGCUCGCCACCGCGACCGCGGCGGGGAAGUCCGGGCCCGUACUUUCGGCUAGAACACCCGGGCUUCCAGCGGCGCCACGCCCCCGCCCGCCGGCUCGCGCUUUCGGACGGUGACGCAGCCGUCCGGGUACGCAGAAAUCUGCGCGGAAGCCGGGAACCUCCCGGGCCGCCGGCGUCUCCCCGCCGCCCCCGCGCUGCCCGCAGCCCGCGCCUGCCCCGGGGCCUCAGCGGGGGUCGCCCGGGGAGCCCAAGGCGGGACGUGCUCUCUGGGCUCAGGCUCGCUGAUAAAUCUUCGGUCGGGUUCAUCACUCAUGUCACUGUUUUAGUGACGUGCGUACUAUUAUUAGCGUCACUUAGAGCGCUCCCGGGGACAUCUGGGCACUCACCCUUCUAACACUGGAGAGGGGAUGCAGUCAUGUUAGGUCAGUACCCUCUUUGACAGAUGAAAGAUUUAAUUCACUCCAUGGGAAAAUCACCUACCCCCAUCUCCAUCUAACUAGUGACAGACGGCGAACUAGGGGCCCUGUCUCCUGGAAGCAUGCAAGGGCUCUUGCCACCUCACCUCCCUUUUCCUCCCAGAAGCUUCAGAACAGCUCUGAGGCCAGAACGUGACUUUCUCAGAGACCUGAUGACGGUGAUGUGGGCGGAGACCUCCGGGAAGGAGGAGGAAGUCAAGUCACCGGGUUCGGCAGCUGGCCUGUCUGCCGUGCCCUAGAGAGGGACCCAGCACCUCAGGCGUGGAGCCAGCCCUACCAGCCUGGGCCUCUUUGCUGGCUGGGUCCCCUUUUGGAAGAGCGGCAGCCCAGUGAAAGAUAGAGAGAGAGAGAGAGAGAGAGAGAGAGAGAGAGUGUGUGUGUGUGUGUGUGUGUGUGUGUGUGUAGGGGGAGUGGCUUCUGGCUGUGGAAUGUGCAAGUACAUGUGGAUUAGGAUAGGAAGGAAUACGCUGGCUUUUGAAUUUUCUCCUAGAUGGGACAGAGUCCUUCCAUGGCAAAUGAUUUCAGGGUCAGCACAGAAUUUUGAGAGGAGUUUAUCUUGGAAAGUGAAGGAUGCUAAUGCAAGUUUUCUAACAUUGCCAAAUUUGGGGAACUGUUUGGGUUUUAAAAUCACUGAGCCCUGGAGCAGCUGUUUUUUCCUUACAAGCCUCUAUUUUGUGAAAUGAGGCUAAAAUACCUGGGCAGCCCUUUUCCCUUGGGCACCCUGGAAUGCUGAGACUAUGAAUGGCAUCUCAGAAGAGUUGGAGCUCCAAAGGGAAGUCGGACCACGAAAGGACAGGACUCUCUCCUUUGAAAACAAAGUUCUCCGUUUUUCAAUCACAAAAGUAAUUACUACUCAUUGUACACAAGUUAGAUUUUUUUUUUUUUGGAAUCAGAAAGAAGAUAAAAAAAAUUGAAAUCCGACAUCCAGGAAACCACUGUUGAUAAUUCGAUGUAUAGCAUUAAUGUAAGCAGAGUGAACACACUCCUUUUUUCCUUGAACAGCCUUUUUUCCUUGAAUAAAAUAUCAUGACA